CAAUAUCUGUACCUUCAUCUUCUACAGACACAGCAUACGCCUAUAUCUGCCUCGUGUCUCCUCCGCCUCCGUGUUUCCUAGUUGAUGACAAACCGUUCCCAUCCAGUCAUGACGGGGAAUUCCAGCAGCUUCAAGCUAGACAACGCCACCCGGGCCCUGUUCCAGAAUGUCAACACCAGCAUUGCCAUCUCUGUCAUCUACAUGAUUGUCACUGCCAUUAACCUGACAGGAAACGGCCUCUCCAUGUGGCUCCUCAUCUUCCGCACCUCCCCAAAGACCCCCUCCAUCAUCUUCAUGAUUAAUCUCACCCUCACCGACUUGGCCCUCGGCGCCGCCCUGCCCUUUCAGAUCGCCUACCAGCUCCAAGGGUACCACUGGAAUCUGGGACCAAAGAUGUGCAGUGUCAUGACCCUUGUCUUCUACACCAACAUGUACUGCUCCAUUCUGACCAUGAUGGCCAUCGGAAUUGACCGCUACCUGGGCAUCGUGAGGCCCAUGCAGUUCAGGCAGACCAGCCUUAGGAAGACCAUCGCUGUUUUCAGCUGCUUCCUCAUGUGGGGCGUGGUCCUGAGCGUACUGUACCCGAUGAUGACCACAGACCUGACCUUUGACAUUCCCGAACUCGGGAUCACCACAUGCUUCGACGUGCUGAAGAAAGAAAUGCUCCCGUCCCUGUCUGCCUGGGCGACCUUUCUCUUCAGCAUGGUGUUCGUUCUCUUCCUCUUCCCUUUCUGUGUCACGACAUUCUGCUAUGUCAGUGUCAUACGCAAACUGUCCAGAGACUCCAAGACGAACCAGAAAAAGAGAGCCAUACGCCUGGCCAUCAUCGUUCUCAUGGUGUUCACCUUCUGCUUCGCACCCAACAACAUCCUCCUGUUGAUUCACACGGUGCUGAGACUCUUCUAUAAGGAGUCCGCGUAUAUGGCCUACAAACUGUCUCUGUGUUUCAGCUGCCUGAACAGCUGCCUCGAUCCGUUCAUUUACUACUUUGCGUCCAAGGAUUUCAGACAGAAGCUGAGACAGAUGAUCAAUCUGCAAACCUUGAAUAGCAUGGACUCGAUGAAGAUGGAGCGUAAAGAGAGUUUUUACUCCACACAUUACGCUGUCGAAAGUCCAGAGGGAGAACACAGGAAGGUGUCUUUGAUACCAUCCACAGCAUAGAGAGACAGAAUGAGAGGGAAAGAAAGUAAAAGAGACAUGACAAAGGAAGUGAGAGUAAGACGGCAAGUGUUCUGUGUCAAGCUCUUACAACAUCUUAAUAUUUCAAAAUAAUUUUUGAUAAUAGUUUUUUAUAUGCGCACUAUAGAAAAAAUGAACAUGGACAGCAGUUGAGUCUUAUUAUUGACGUUCCCUUCAUGCUGAAUUGUAUUAUUUUAAAAUGUGAAAAAAUAACAUUUAUUGUAACCUAUGUAUUUUAAAAUCAUGGGUAUACAAACACAAGCAUAAACAUAUUUUAUUAUUAUUAAAAAAGAAUUAUAGCAUCCACAAGGGCAAAUAAAAUGUGAAACUAUAAGCCUUCUCUGAUGGACAUUUUUUAAGUUUUUGACAUCUCUGUAAAUGCCUGUAUACUGUGAUGAAUUGGUGUAGUUGACCUUUCGACCUUUUUAACUUCAAGUUCCUUUUUUUUCCUUCAUUGUUUUCUUCCUCUUCAAAAA